UAUAGUUAUCUGUCAAAAUAAUUCUUGUCGAAAUCAAUUUCUAAUUUCUUUGGGUCGAACUAGGACAAUGAUUAAACUUUUUUCAUUAAAACAACAAAAAAAAGAUGAAGAAGGCUCUGCUAGAGCAGGUGGAUCACAAAAGAAAGCAUCAGCAGCACAAUUGCGAAUAACAAAAGAUUUAAAUGAACUGAAUCUACCUAAAACUUGUAACACAGAAUUUCCAGAUUCAGACGAUUUACUUAACUUCAAGUUGAUAAUAUGUCCAGAUGAAGGUUUUUAUAGAGGAGGAAGAUUUGUAUUUAGUUUUAAGGUAGGACCAAACUAUCCACAUGAACCUCCAAAAGUUAAAUGCGAAACGGCUGUUUAUCACCCAAAUAUAGAUUUGGAGGGGAAUGUGUGUUUGAAUAUACUUAGAGAAGACUGGAAACCUGUGCUCACAGUUAAUUCUAUAGUUUAUGGUCUCCAAUAUUUAUUCUUAGAGCCCAACCCUGAAGACCCAUUAAAUAAAGAAGCAGCCGACGAAUUACAAAGUAACCGACGACUCUUCGAACAGCACGUCCAGCGAGCGAUGCGCGGCGGUUACGUCGGUUCCUCAUACUUCGAACGGUGCCUCAAAUGAUCACACGCUAUUGUAAAUUAAUUCUCCAAGCUCUAUAUAAAUAAAUAAAUCUCAUUCAUUUUAUAUACCUA